UACAGUGACCAGCAGCAGCUGAAGAGGGAUAGAGUCCUCUCGCUGUAUGGUGUGUCUGUCUGGUCGGCGCUCUGUGCAUUCUCUCCCUUAGAGUCCGGAUAUCGGCAUGACCGAGAUUGGAGCUCAGGCGGGGUCCAAAAACUCUUCCGAGGAAUCGUUGAUGAACGGUCAAAUUUAUGAAUACGAAUAUGAAUAUUAUGAAUUGGACAUUUCUUUUGAAGGGCUCAAAGCAAACAAGUAUUCCAUCGUAAUAGCAUUCUGGGUUGGUCUCGCUGUCUUCAUGAUAUUUCUCUUCAUAAUUCUCAUGUUGUUGUCACGCUCGGGCUCUUCGCCUGCACAAGUUGACAACUUGAGAAAAAAGUCAGCAAAAAAGGUCAAGAAGAAUGAUGAUCGUCAAGUACGGGGAGAAAAUGUGUCCAACCGUGUCGUUUCUUCAUUAAUGCCUGUAGAUGCUGAAGCUGUGGCAAGUGUUAAUCUCAACAAUGAACAGAACUGCCUCGAAGUCUGUAAAGGACCACAGUCACUGCUGGAUAACACCGUCAUUUCUGCCAGAGUUAUUCCGUGAUCAGAUGAUCUAAAACCUGUAAUGAAAUUCCAGUUCUCAGGAAUGGGGAAAACCUGUUGGUCACAAUAUUUAGCAUUACAGUUUAAAAAAAUGUUAUAAAUCAUUCCAUAAAUGCUAAUGCUUCAAGGGGUUUCUGGAACUCUCAAUAGUAUGUGUUUGUAGGUGGACAUUGGUUCCUCAUUGUCAGACAGCACAAUGUGUUUACAUCACAUUCUUCUGUCAGAAUUUUAGCAAAGUUUCGACUUAAUUGUCUUUUAACUUAAAUGCCUUUAAAAUGUCAGAAUGAGGCAUGUCAUAUGAAUAUGCUGUUGCAUUUGUUACUAGAAGUAGAAAUAAUAAUUUCAUCCCAUUUGUCAUAGCACAGCACAAUGGAUCUGAGUCUAAUCCAUUUAAAGCUCAUUAAUGUACAGUUAAAGUUGGGCUCACUGUUUCUGCUGUGAAACCUUCAAGUUUAACAGAAAAUGUCAGGUUUCAGACAAAUCCCACACUCUCAUAUCUCCAUGACUCAGCUCUCAACCCUAACUGAAUAUUUUUAUUUCAUAUGCGAUGUCAGAACAAGUUUGAAUGAGAACUGCUUUCCACGUGUAUCUUAUUUGAACAAAUAUCAAAUUGAAAAUGUAUUCAAAUUCACUGUUUACUUUGUUACUAAAACGCGUUAACUAUCAGCUCCAAAUUUACAUUAAAAGCUAUAGUUUUUUUUAAACUUUGGCAUCUCAUCUCUAAGUCAGAAGUUUCGGGAAUUUGUUGUGUGCGUAUUGGCUGCUGCAUUUUCCGCACUAUAGCAGCAAUCACAGUUCAAAAAAAUACUUCAUUGAUUUUGAUAUGCCAAUGAAGUUUCUGAAAGUGCCAAAUAAGUGCAAGUCCUUUUUUAUUUCUGAGAUCUGAGACCCAGAUAAGUCAGAAACGUAAGGAGAGUCCAGUGCAAGUAGAACUAGACAGUUGGUUCAUCCUCGCUGCGUUAUUUAUUUGGGUGCUACUGAUUUGGCAAUUUUAUGUUUUGAAAAGCAUUUUGGUGAUGGGUUCAUUGAAAAUUGUGUAUGACAUAGACUAGCAGAAAACAUAAUAGCAAACAGCUAGUCACUAACUAAUAGAUAAAAACGAUUUCAGAAGUCAUCAAUGGAUACGAAAAUGGUGAAAUGAGUUAGCAAGAGGAGGGGCGAAAGCAAUAACGGUCUAAAAAGGCUCUGCAUGGAGGCAGAAGUUGAGAGCCUAAAUGAUGGCUUUGCACCUGUCUUUAUUAAGGAAGCAGAUACUGAAAAGUCAUGUUGAAAGAGGAGAUGGUUGAAAUAUUACAUAAGGAAACAUUGAUAAAGAAGACAGGCUGGUUAUAUGUAAAAUUGAUAUGUUACCAGAACCAGAUGGGAUGCACCCAAGGGAUUGGAGGGAAGGACGGGAGGAAAUUUGCAAAGGCAUUGUCCAAAAACCUUUCAAGUCACCUUAGAUAUGGAGGUGGGGCCUUAGAAACAGACCUUUACAAAUUAAGGAUGAUGUAUCAUUUUUGAGGCUGGAGGUAGUCAUAUGUGGAAUUUCCCAGGGAUAGUGUUAGGACCAGCACUUUCCUUGAUCUAUUUUAAUGACCUAUUUUGAGUCUAUUGGGCACAACUUCAAACUUUGCUAAUGACACUAAAUUUGGGAGUAUUGUGAAGUGGCUAGUGAGAUCACUGGCUAGUGGAAUGGGCAGACACAUGACAGAAAAUUUGUUGCAGAGAAUGUGAAGUGACAAGUUAUAAAUUGUGGUAGAAAGAACAAAGAGAGGCAAUGGAACAUGAAGCGUGUAGUUCCAAUGGGGUUGCAGGAACACACAUCAGGAAGGAUAUACGCUGAAUUUUCUAAAGGUGCAAAGACAGGCUGGGACAGCAAUUAAAAUAACAUAGUGUUCUGGAUUAGGGCAUGGAGCACAAAAGCAAAUAAUACAUAAUGAAUCUUCUGAAAAUAUUGGGUUGGCCUCAACUAGACUCAUCUCAACCGUUGAGUCCAAUUCUGGGUACUUCAUUUUAGGAAGGAUGUGAAAACCAGAGAUUUGUGAGAUUGGUUCUAAGAGAUUAGAGACUUUAGUUACAUUGUUGGAAUGGAAAAGCUAAGGCUGUUCUUAAAGAACAAAGGUUGAAUGGAGAUUUGAUAGAGUUGUUCAAAAUCAUGAUGGAUCCAUACAAAGAUAGUUUGAGAAACUGUCCUCAUUGGCUGAAGGGUGAAGAAACAGUGGACACUGAUAGAAGGCAAAUGGCAUAAGAACCAAUGGUGAUACGAGUAUUUUUUUUACACAACUAGUGUUCUAAUUUGGAAUGUGUUGUGUGAAAGUAGUGGAGGCAGAUUCAGUUGUAGUUUAAGUACCUGAAAGAGAAAAAUAAUUGCACUGCUAUUGGGAAAGGACAGGAGGUGGAAUGAGCCACUAUCAGGCCAAAUGGCCUCCAACCUUGCUUUAGCCACUCUAUGAUUCUGAAAAUAUCAUACUUAGCACUUUGGCAACUUGAGAAUUUGUGAAGGAUGAUGUUUUAAGGCAUAAUCUUGUGGCAUUUUAUAGUAAAAUCACCAGUGAUAUCAAUGGAGACAAUUUGAAAACAGCAGUUACAGAUGGGCAAUAAUGCCUCUUCAUACCAGUGAACAUCCAAUGAUUGAGAGAAAUUUUUCAGUCUAGUAUUCCAAUCCCAUACUUCCGUUUCCACGAUCUGGAGGAGGAGGAGGUGGGGGGGGGGCACGUUUAAGCCCAAUGCUUCUGGCUCAGAGAUAAGAUCAUCACCUCUGAUCUAAUAACCAGUCCUUUUGCAAGUAACCUACUACGUGCCAGUCUAUUAUUGGGAUAUCACAUUAUAAUCUGUACCUGCCUGAACUGUUUGAAGUGGAGCUGGAAGCCUCCACCUUCUAACUCAGAGGCAGGAAUGGUACAUCUAACUCAGAAAAUACAGAACGACUUCAGUGGAACAGUUUGUGUGUAUGCUGCAACAUAUAAGUUACGAGCAGAGCGUUUAGCCUUGAGCCAGUUUCACCAAUCAAAAGGUUCAUGGCUGAUCUGUUUGUGUAUUGAAUUCCACACUCCCAUCUGUUCCUGAUAACUUGUGAUUUCCUCGCCAAACAAGAUUAUAUCUCCCUCCACCCUAAAAAUAUCCAAAGGCCCCACCUCCAUCUCCUUACGUGACCAGUUCAGAAGUUGCACAACCCUGAGAGAAAGAAUAUCUCCUCAGCUCUGCCCUAAAAGGAGGACCUCUAGUUCUUAAAGUGCCCCUAGUCACAAAAGUCGAAACAUCCUUCCCAUGUCCACACUGUCAAUACCACUCAGGAUCCUAUGAACUUCAACCAAGUCACCCCUAAGUCUUAUAACACAGGGGUUUAGGAGUACGUUCUAUAUGAUUUCUUCAACUUUAAGCUUUUUCAGGGUAAUACUUGCUUGUAUUCCAGAAGUAUUAGUUGAACAUGAUUACUCUUGGCUUAAUUCACAGUGAACUGGUCUUGCUUACUGUUAUUUCUUGAUGUUAUAUAUUUGUUUGUCUUCUCUGUUUCUGUUCUGUUGUAGAUUGCCUAAAAUGAUGUUAUGAUACCACUCUUUAAUAGGUUAAUAUUUCACAGCUGCUCCAACAUAUAAUUGAUUGAAGUGGAAUUACUGAAACAUACUUAGACAGAGUUACCUUAAAUCACAGGUCGGAAUUCAUUGGAGGGAACAUUUCCCAUUAAUCAGAUAUUUUCCCUCAUGCUAAAGCAUUACAUUGCUGGAAAAAUUAGCUGGUAAAUUGGCAGGAUGAAACAUGGGCUGUCUAGGACUUGGAUGCAUGACAGAACUAAGAGAAUGACGUUUCAGAUACCACUCUCUGCUGAGACAGCUGUCCAGGAUCAGGCUCGCCCAAAGCAAACCCAGAGUGAAUUGUCUUGCUGAAACUGAAAGAGAUCAAGUAAUAAAUAUCAAAGAGAGGAUGGGAGAAAUGUGAAAUAGAAGAAGUUAUAAAAUAGCAAUUACAGUGCUGCUAGUGAUCCCCUGAAAACAGAAUUCCUGGUACUAUGAUUAUGGUCUGUCAGUAGGACAUUUGCUUUUAUAAUCAUGGUUAUAAUUUAAUCAGUACCCUGUACUCGAUACACAUAUUAACUAACUAAUUAACAGUAGGACCUCAUAUGCAAUUUGAUCGACCCAAAGGUCUGCCUUUACUUUAAUAAAAGAUUUAAAUUAUGUAGUUCCCAGAUGAAAGGCAACAGAAAACAGCUUUAUCAACAUGGCUGCUUUGAGAAACCAAGGGAUCUGCAGAAAGGGCCAUAAAACUCCAUUAGCAAUAUAAAUAAUUCAUAUGAGUUACAGAAUCACAGAGUUGCCUUGAUGGUAAAAUAAUUUCCUCAGAUUUCUUUUCAGAACAUCCCAAAGAGAUGGGCUGUGGAGGUGGCAGGUUCUUUUCUUUACAUUGGAACCGAGGCAAUGGGAGCUUUGCUUUGGUAUAGCCUGCACCACAUUAGAUUGGGAUGAUAGUUAGGUGUGCAUUUCAGGCAGAAAAAAAUACUAACUUCAUCAAUCACCACAUCUCAGUUUGGAUUUUCGGAGCAUGUAACAGCAGGAAGAAUUGCUGUAGCUCGCAGCUAGUGAGAGAAAACUACAGUGGUUCUUAUAGAGCUUUACAGUAAAAAGCAGUCAACAAAGUUAGCUUGGAAAGUGGUAGGAAGGCAUUAGGCGAUUAUAUUGGAAGCCUAAACAAGUAACUGAGGCAUCCACAGUCAGGAGAUCUGUGAAUAAAAGGAUGAAUAAAGGGGGAGAGAUUUCAAAGUCAAAAAAGCCACUAGAAUUCCAUUGAAACUUGGAGCAUAGUUGGAACACUGAGAAGUAACAUGAAUACCAUAGGUCUGAGGUGCAUGUUUGGGUUGUUGUACUGUAUAAGUGAAUUGUUGUGGGGAAGGGAGUAAAUGGAAUUCAUGAUAUAUGUAGUUGUAAAAUAUAGUGUUGGUAGCACUUACUUUC